UGCUACUAAAAUACAAAAUUGUUGGAAGUAAUUUUUCAAGAUAUCAAAAUGGAGUGUUCGCUGCAGCAACAACUUUUCAACAACGGAGAUAAGCUCUUUAAUUCUCGACAUAACCGACAGGUUUCGAUAGAACAAUUCCAUGUAACAGAUUCUCUUCUCGCAAACUCGAUAAACCUGUUUCAUAAACCUAUAAGUUCUCCAAUAUUGUCCAUCAUUACUUCAAGAAAGAGCAAAAGCCAUUUUAGAGUUUGUGCAACAAGGAGAAGAAGGGUGCAUUAUUCGAACUCGGAUACGUACGUACUGUUAGAGGCAGGACAAGACGAGCAGUUUGUGUCGGAAGACGAACUCAAGGCUAAGCUCAAAGGGUGGCUCGAGAAUUGGCCGGUGAACUCUUUGCCACCAGACCUGGCUAGGUUCAAUGACCUUGAUGAAGCCGUCGAUUUCUUGGUUAAAGCUGUUUGUGAACUUGAAAUUUAUGGAGAAGUAGGUUCUGUUCAAUGGUACCAAGUUCGUCUUGAGUAAUUAAAAAAUCGUAUUAUGUCUUUUCAAUGUACUAAGCACAUUUCUUUAAACUAGUAUUUUUGUUUUGUUCUUUAAUAGAUACUUUUCAUUUCU